CACAUGUAGACAAUGGCACAAGCUGGUGAAACAGUUUUGAUUACCGGAGGGGCUGGAUUUCUAGGUCAGCACAUAUUGAGACUAGUGUUAGAGAAAUGCACUGGUGUGAAAGAAAUACGGACAUUUGAUAUCAGACAACCCAAAUCACCAUGGCUACAGCAGUGCAGUCCUGGAGUGCUGCUUCGUCAUAUUCGUGGUGAUGUUACUAAACUAAAAGAAAUUAGCAGAGCAUGCCGUGGUGUUGAUGUCGUCUUCCAUGCUGCAGCCAUUAUUGAUAUAUCUUUGAAGCCUGAUGCAUCCAAAUUGACAAACAUCAAUGUAAUUGGUACUCAGAAUGUGGUAGAUGCAUGCAUGGAAAAUAACGUGCCUAUAUUAAUCCACACCAGCUCAUUGGCAGUAGUUGUAGGCAAUGCACCUAUAGUAAAUGGGGAUGAGACUGUAAAGGUAAAAGAGAAUCUUUCUGCGUAUGCCAAAUCUAAGUAUUUGAGUGAGCUCAUUGCAUUGGAAGGAAAUAAUAAGGUGCUGAAAAAUGGAGGAAAGUUUAAAACUAUAGUUAUUCGUCCUACUUCGAUGUAUGGGGAGGAAGACGGUCACACUGUUAUACAUGGAUUAAUUAUAGCUAGAAUGUUCGGUGUUUUUCUGCCAAAGAUUGGUUUCGGAAAUCCCAAACAUCAGGAGACGUACGUGGGUAAUACAGCAUGGAUGCAUAUCAAGGCAUGGCAAAAGUUGAAAAAGCUCAGAAGUACCCGAAACAACGUUGAUGAAAAAAUAUCUGGCAGGGUAUACAUGGCAACUGAUGAUACCCCAGUUCAGAACUUUUUUGAUUUUAUUGAGCCAUUCAUCAAAGCAAGAGGCUGGACAACUGCAUUUUUUACAAUCCCUUACUGGCUGGCAUUUUUAUUCAUCUGGAUGAUGGAAAUGUUCUGCUACAUAGUUCAACCAUUCAAGAAUAUCAAUAUACGGCUAUCCACGCAUGCAUUAGUCUUUUUCCUUAUUGAGCAGUCCUUUAAUUGCAAUUUGGCAAAGAGAAAUCUGGAUUACCAACCACUAUAUGGAUUCCAAGAUUCCUUGCAGCGAAGUAUAAAAUAUUAUAAAGAUGUAGAUUUAGAUGAAUACUAUGACGAAUUAAGUUUAUUUAUGUGA